UUUUCCCAGUGAGUCAAACUCGAAAGCCAGGGUUUUACACUCUAAUUUAUCAGCCUCUUUCUCCCCCGCCGCCCAUCUUUUUUUAUUUCCGUCUCUUUAUCUUCUCAUUUCUUCACUGUGUAUAGAGAAUAAGCUAAAAGCAAAUCAAACCAUCUUCCACCAUUCUUUGUUGAACAUAUGGCUGGAGGGGAGCAGAAAAAGGGUGGAGGGGAGCAGAAAAAGGCUGGCGGUGGAGGGAAAAAGAAGGAAGUGAAGAAGGAAACUGGUUUGGGUCUCUCCUUUACCAAGGAUGAGAAUUUUGGUGAAUGGUACUCUGAGGUUGUUGUCAAUGGUGAAAUGAUUGAGUACUAUGACAUUUCUGGAUGUUAUAUUCUUAGGCCAUGGGCAAUGUCAAUAUGGGAGAACAUGCAAACGUUCUUCGAUGCGGAAAUCAAGAAAAUGAAAGUCAAGAAUUGUUAUUUCCCUCUUUUUGUAUCUCCGGGUGUUUUGCAAAAGGAGAAGGAUCACAUAGAGGGUUUUGCUCCCGAGGUUGCUUGGGUGACAAAAUCUGGUGAGUCUGAUUUGGAGGUGCCAAUUGCUAUCCGCCCAACUAGUGAGACAGUUAUGUAUCCCUACUAUUCUAAGUGGAUAAGAGGACACCGUGACUUGCCUUUGAAGCUUAACCAGUGGUGCAAUGUUGUUCGAUGGGAGUUUAGCAACCCCACACCAUUUAUCAGGAGUCGUGAAUUUCUAUGGCAGGAAGGGCAUACUGCCUUCGCAACCAAGGAAGAGGCAGACACUGAGGUUCUUCAAAUAUUGGAGCUAUACCGACGUAUAUAUGAAGAAUUCUUGGCAAUUCCUGUUACGAAAGGCAGGAAGAGUGAACUGGAGAAGUUUGCUGGUGGACUUUACACAACCAGCGUUGAGGCAUUUAUUCCAAACACUGGCCGUGGUAUUCAAGGUGCAACCUCCCAUUGUUUGGGCCAAAACUUCGCAAAAAUGUUUGAGAUAAACUUUGAAAAUGAAAAGGGGGAAAAGUCUAUGGUCUGGCAGAAUUCCUGGGCAUAUAGCACUCGAACGAUUGGGGUAAUGGUGAUGGUUCAUGGGGAUAACAAAGGCUUAGUGCUGCCUCCAAAAGUAGCAGCUUUGCAAGUUAUUGUGAUUCCUGUGCCCUACAAAGAUGCAGAUACUCAAGGUAUCUUUGAUGCCUGUGCUGCCACUGUGGCAAUCCUCUCUGAUGCUGGUAUUCGUGCUGAAGCUGAUCUUAGAGAGAACUACUCACCUGGUUGGAAGUACUCAAACUGGGAAAUGAAAGGUGUUCCACUAAGGAUUGAAAUAGGACCUCGAGACUUGGCAAAUAAUCAGGUGCGUGCAGUUCGCCGUGACAAUGGAGAAAAGGCUGAUAUCUCUAGAGUCUUUUUGGUUGAACAAGUAAAAGGAAUGUUGGAAAAGAUUCAACAGAACCUAUUUGAUGUGGCAAAACGAAAAAGAGAUGCCUGCAUUGAAGUUGUAAAAACUUGGGAUGAGUUUAUAAAAGCUCUCGGGCAAAAGAAACUGAUCUUAGCUCCUUGGUGUGAUGAGGAGGAGGUGGAGAAAGAUGUUAAAGCUCGAACAAAGGGUGAGAUGGGAGCAGCUAAGUCUCUAUGUACCCCAUUUGAACAGCCUGAACUUCCAGAAGGUACUAAAUGCUUUGCUUCUGGGAAGCCUGCAACAAAGUGGACCUAUUGGGGCAGAAGUUACUAGGUUUAUUCACUUUUUAAAACCAUCUCCUUUUCAUGGUUCUUUGCCUGAUGUCAACGGUUCUGGUCAUUGGGGCCAUUGUAAACGGGGAAAAUUUCAAUUUAAAAUUGUUAUAUGAAACUGAUGAGAGGAUUCAGUUUUUAAUCAUGUUAAAACUUCUGUGAUCUUUCUUUUUCCUUUUUGUCUGAAUUUUGCUUUGCUAUAAUAGAUAUACUGUGUUUUAUCUGAUGUUUA